CAGUUGGACCUUAGCAUAAGGUUUAAGGCUUAUGUGACUCGAACGACAAACCAUACUUUCUUCCCCACUCCUUAUCCUCUCCCUCUCUCUAUCUUCUUUCUCUCUCUAAACAUGCCUUCUGCAACCAAUGCAUUAUCCAUGGCCGAAAGCUGUUUAGCCUCAGUUCCUACCCUCUUUACCCCGAAAAACCAAUACCCAUUUCACCCACUUCCGUUAAAAUCCAUAAAGCUCCUUCCACACUCAUCUUCACCUUCUCUCCCUUCAUGGGCAUCUCUCAAACACAAGUCUUUACCUUCCCGACUAGUCCCACUACUUGUGGCUCAGACCUCAGACUGGGCUCAAGGAGAGGAGAAAGAAAGUGAAGAAGGCGAUGCCACUUGGGAAAAUCAAGGUGAUUUGCCUUGGACAGGUCAAGAUAGCGAGACAGAGGAGGAAGUAAGCUCAGGCGUGCAAGCCUUUUCUGAUGGUGUUGAGGUUAAAGAUGGAGAGGAAGAAGCUUCAGGGGACGAGAGCUUGUUGGGGAGUGGAGGUGAAUUUUACCCUGACCCACCUGAAGAGGCCAAGCUUUAUGUGGGUAAUUUGCCUUUUGAUGUUGAUAGUGAGAAACUUGCUGACCUCUUCAACCAGGCUGGGAUUGUUGAAAUUGCUGAGGUAAUUUACAAUAGAGAAACAGAUCAAAGUAGAGGGUUUGGUUUUGUUACAAUGAGUACUGUUGAAGAAGCUGAGAAAGCUGUGGAGCAGUUUCAUCAAUAUGAUUUAAAUGGGAGACUUUUGACUGUAAACAAGGCUGCCCCCAGAGGGACACGGCCAGAAAGAACAAGAGUGAAUGAACCUUCUUUCAGAAUCUAUGUUGGUAACUUGCCAUGGCAAGUGGAUGAUGUUCGUUUGGAGCAAGUUUUCAGUGAACAUGGAAAGGUGGUAAAUGCCAGAGUAGUAUACGACCGCGAAACAGGACGUUCACGUGGCUUUGGCUUUGUCACAAUGUCUACCGAGAUAGAAGUGAAUGAUGCCAUUGCUGCUCUUGAUGGACAGAGUUUGGAUGGCAGAUCAAUCAGAGUAAAUGUUGCUGAACAGAGGCCGAGGCGCACCUCGUUUUCAUAUUAAAAAGAUAUGAACUCUGCGAAUUGGAGUACAACUUUUAGAGAGAGAGGUUCUACAUUUUUCUACCUAUUUGAUUGCUGUUCUAGUUAUAUAUUGUAACUGGAAAGCUUGAUGUGAGGGAUGAAAAUCUCUUUGUUUAGUUUCCAAAACCUGCAGAAGGUUGAUGACUGAUGAGGCCAUAUUAUCCCAUAUAUUUUUUUUUUUUCUUUCAUUGCUAUAGUUUAAUCCCUCAAAUGCUGCCAGCUUUUUUCAUUAUGUACUUGUACUAAUCAUAUUUCUUGGAAGUAUUUUGCUAUUUCAUAA